AUGACUUCAGUGGAGUAUCAAGCUCAUCUUGCAAUGCAUUGUGGGAAUACUCCUGAAGUGACCUCAAGAUGCAGAUCUCAGAGAGGAGGGAGCAUUGAUUCCAGUUCACAGCUGUUAACAGAUGAAGCCACACUUCCUUCAACAUCAAAGAAGAAUACAUGUUUGCAGAGAGGCAAAGGACAACCUUUGGGGAGGUUGGGGAGUAGGAAUGUUCUUCAGAAGAAGAAGAUGAAUGGCAUAAUGCUAAAUGACUCCUCUCAGCUGCCCAGGCGUAUAAUGCAAGAAAAUCCUAGCAAGUUAGAGGUGAGCAGUGCAGCCAUGGAAACUUCUCAGAUCAAGGACAAGCUCAAGAAGAGGAGGAUGUCUGAGGGUAUCCUUGAAUCAAAGAAAGGUUCAGCUGACUUCUCUGGUCCUGAAGAACUUUCUCUGAAGCCAUCCAUUUCCAGAUCAGCUUCUCAAAGACCACUAAUCACUUCUAACCCCAUACCUCCUAUUCAGAGCAUCCCCACCUCCCCAGAGGUAGCAGAUGAAAGAGAGCAUCAGGUGCUGGAGAAUGGCAUGGACCACUUGGAAACUGGAGGGGAUCACCCGGAAUCAAAAGCAGCCCCUCAACAGAACCUAUAUGGCAACAUUAAGAACACCAGAAAAUUUUUCACUUCCACUUUGAUCCCACCUGUAUGCAAAUCAGCCAAGGCUCAUGGAAAAAAUCUUCAGAAUUUUCAGGAGCAUUUUUUAAGUGCAUCACAGUUUGAUUUGACUUCUGUUGCUGUAGAGGAAUACUCUAAGUCUAGGUCAGAUCCAGUGAGCAAUGCUGAGGAGAAUGCCUUCAGAGUUCCAGAAACUAGAACACUGGAAUCUUUGCCUACUUUAAAAAGUGGGCUGUCUGCUUCCCCGAAGGUUGCUGGGUCUCCUGAAUCUUUACUGCCUUUAACUAUCCACCCUCUCAGUCUGGGGCAAUUCGAGGAAGGUGGGCAGCUCUCUAGACCUCACCUUUUAAAAGAGGAUGAGUGGAAGAAAAGUAAUGGAAGGUUUCACGUGGCCAUAUCCAAGUCUGCUCAGGAGAAAAUGCGUCAGAAGCAGCUAAGGGAAGUAGAGCUUUUGAGGAAAGAAAAAGAAAAAGAGAGAGAAAAAGAAAGAUCUAUGAAGCCUCAAGACCACCUACAAAGAAUUUCUCAGGAUGCAUCUGGUCCACUUAACAACAGUGAGGGCACCAUCCCUGUUACAUUCAGCCAGACCAAUUCACCUGGAGCUCCUGUUGGAAUAGCCUUAAAGAAAAGGGUGAACAGACCCCUUCUGCCUAGCAUCAAUCAUGACACUAGCUUCCUGAGGCAUGCUUCAGCUAACUCCUUGCCAUCAAACCUGAAUUCUCCAGAAUGGGAAGAGGACCUUAUAAAUAGAGACAUCUUAGAAGUCAUUCCUUUGUCUCAUCCAGAGCAGGGGCUGGUUAAUGCUUUGAAGUGGCUCAACAGUAAUGACUGGCAGCUGAAAGAGAAAGGACUCUUCAUCAUAAGAUGCCUGGCAAACUACCAUUCAGAACUUCUUCUGUGUAGGCUUCAUGAUGUUUCCCUGGCAGCUACGAAAGAGGUUAGUAACCUCCGGUCAAAAGUGUCUCAGUUUGCUAUUGGGAGCCUCACUGAACUCUUCAAGACCUUGAAGAAGCACAUGGAUCAAGAGGUUGAAGAGAUUGCUCGAGUCCUUCUCCAGAAGACAGGGGAUUCUAGUGAAUUCAUCCAGAAAGCGGCUGACCAAUCCUUAGCAAUCAUGGCACGAAGUGUGACUCCUUCACGAGCAUUAACAGCCCUCAUGGCCAAUGGAGUGAACCAUCGUAAUCCCCUUAUUCGAAAAUGUGCUGCUGAACACUUAUUGACAGUUAUGGAACAAAUUGGGGCUAAGAAGCUGCUUUCAGGCAGCCGUGAGAGUGUGGAAAUGCUGGUGCUGACACUGAUCAAACUUGCUCAGGACUGCAAUCAAGACACAAGAUUUUAUGGCCGGAAGAUGCUGAACAUACUGAUAUCCCAUUCAAAAUUUAAUGAGUACUUGAAGCAGUGUCCACCAUCACAUGACUUACGUGAUGUCAUGGCUACAAUUAAGCAGAAGAGGACAGAAGACCAGUCAUCCCAAGCUCCUUCAGCAAAAAGCCAAAGAGGGUCAAAAAGUGGUAGUUUGACACUGGACAACACGCUUUCAGAUGAUGGGUUUGUCUCCAGCACCCUAGCCUUGCCACAACCCACGGCUCACCGCUCAUCCCUUUGCAGUGUAGAAGUAAUGGAACAACUCAAAGAGCUGAAUAAGAUGUUGGUGGCCAAAGAAUUUCAGAUACGAAUGGAAGGCAUAACAUUGCUGGCAGAGCAUUGUAAGAACAACCCCCAGCUUGUCUUGUCAAAUAUCAUCCAGAUCUUUGAUGCAUUUAUCCCGAGGCUUCAAGAUUCCAACAAGAAAGUGAACCAGUAUGCAUUGGAAUCUAUUGCCUCCAUGAUCCCAGUCCUUAAAGAUGGUUUAAGUCCAGUCAUGGUCUCCGUAGUGAAUGUAGUCACUGACAACCUAAACUCAAAAAAUUCUGGGAUUUACGCUGCAGCAGUGAAGGUGCUGGACCAAAUGAUCAUUAGUCUAGAUAAAGUUCUGCUGCUUCAAACGCUUGCCAGCAGGGUGCGUUUCAUCAGUGGACAAGCUCUGCAGGAUAUCACAAACUGCCUGUCAGUUCUUGUGGAAUUAGUUUAUCUGCGGAAGCGUCAGAUUGUGGAGCGUCAUGUCCUUCCUGUGCUUUGGUACUUCCUGAGCAACAUGAUUGGCAAUGGAGUGUUAUCAGGAAAGAGUGGGAAUGUGAGGACUGUGGUGGCAAAACUUACCAAGAGUCUGCACAAGCAAAUGGGACAUAGACUGGAGGAAUAUGCUUCCAGCCAAUCUCAACAUGUGAUCAGAAACCUCCAGGACCUUCUCAACAUGGAACUCCAGUGAUGGUUUCUGGGGCUAUUUACAGUGUCAAAAAUGGGAAA